CAACGGCGGGGCCCUCGGCGUCCGUCCGGGGCUGCCCUCGGCACCGCCUGCUCGCGGAACGGCCCCGCCGCGGCUCUCAGAGCCUCCCCUUCUGGUCUGACCGGUCCGACCGGCUCCGCCGCCCGCUCCGGCUCCGCCGCUUCCCGCUCCGAGCCGCCGUGACCCGCGGCGGUGCGGGUCGGGGGGGCGCGCCGGGACCGGCGGCGCCGCGGGCAGUCCCGGGGCAGCCGGUCCGGUGUGAGGGGCGGUGGGAGCGGGACGGGAGAGCGGCCGGUGACAGUGGAGCCCUGAGGAUGCGGGACCGGGUCCCGGGAAUCUGCGGAGCCCUGAGGAUGCGAGACCGGAUCCCGGGAAUCUGCGGAGCCCCGGGGAUGCGGGGCCGGGUCCCGGGAAUCUGCGGAGCCCCGGGGAUGCUGCUCGGCCUGGCCCUGGCCUUGGCAUCGCUGCUGCCCGCGGCCGGAGCACGCCGGAGCCAGGACCUGCACUGCGGAGCCUGCCGGGCGCUGGUGGAUGAGCUGGAAUGGGAAAUUGCCCAGGUGGAUCCCAGAAAAACCAUCCAGAUGGGCUCGUUCCGCAUCAACCCCGACGGCAGCCAGUCCGUGGUGGAGGUGCCGUACGCCCGGUCCGAGGCGCACCUGACGGAGCUGCUGGAGCGGGUGUGCGAGAAGAUGAAGGAGUACGGGGAGAAGCUGGACCCGGCCACGCAGCGCAAGAGCUACGUCAGAGUCAUCUCCCAUGACGGCACCAAGAUGGACCUGUCCGGGGUCAAAUUCGAUGGGGACGUCAUCAACAGCCUGAAAUUCGCUUGCGAGAGCAUCGCUGAGGAGUACGAGGACGAGCUGAUCGAGUUUCUGUCACACGAGGCUGACAACGUCAAGGACCGGCUCUGCAGCAAGAGGACGGACCUGUGUGACCACGCACUGCACAUCCCACACGACGAGCUGUGACCGCCUCGGGAGCGGGGACCGGGACGGCGCCGGGACCCACCCUCGGGAUGUCCCCAAGGAUGUCCCCAGGACCCACCAGGAUCUCCUUGAGACCCACCGGGACAUCCUUGGGACCCACUGGGAUGUCCCCAGAACCCACCAGGAUGUCCCUGGGAUCCACCAGGACAUCCCCAGGACCCACCGGGAUCUCCUUGGGACCCACCGGGACAUCCUUGGGACCCACUGGGAUGUCCCCAGAACCCACUGAGACAUCCUUGGGACCCACUGGGACGUCCCCAGGACAGACAGAUCUCCAGGACCUCCCCGGCUGCCUCACCCCAUGCAGAGCUCCCGUCCUAUUUAUUCCCCAUCCGGGGCCACCGGGACGGCCACGGGGCCGGGGCCACCUCCUCGCUCCUGAGGGGACAUUUCAGGGACAUUCCUGCCCCGCUGCCAGGGGACAUGGGGACACAGCGGGGCUCGGGGUGGGGGGCUUGGGGACCCCCCUCUGUUUUGCAGGCAAUAAAGGGGCCGUGGGCA